UCCAUUUACUGCAAAGCAAUGUCAUCGUUUCAUAUGAUAUAUAUAAAACUGUGAACAUGUGUCAUUAUUAUAAUAAUAAAGCCUUUGGGGCUUUGUACUUCGACGACAAAUCAGAUAGCUCACUUGUUUUUAUUUUUGGUCCGUUCGAUGGUAAUGACUAAUGGUUUCAUAUUCUCCACCACUAGAUAAGCAAUCAAAAUGCUACUGACACGUAUAUGUAAUUUUGAAAAGCAAAAAACCGUCUGCGUGUGUUAUGUUUGCAGCAAACGAUAGGUCAUCGUCAGGGAUACUGAAUCGCCAUAACACAAUGCGCUUUUGUUAUUUUAUCCAGAUCCAAAUCAAAGGUGAUGAAAUGGGUUGCGAGCACACAUCGCUCAUGUUAUAUGCGAUGAAACCGCAUUACAUCACAUGAUAAUCACAUUAAACCAAAAUCCAAACCUAAUCGAACCCGCUUCAAUCAAAACUUGCCACUAAUACGUGCCUGAUCCAUUUUGGAUCAAUUUACGUUUUCCAUGCUAGUGCUCGCCGCUUACAACACAUAAACCGUCAAUCAUUACUGUCUUCUCGACCAUCGUUCCAUCCGGUUGAACAUUACCACCGCUGAAUACUUUUUGUUCUUCAAAGAAUUGUACUUUUUCAAGGUAGAACGUCUGAACGAAGAAUAAAAUUACUUGGAAAAAAAAUAGAAAUAAUUUAUCUUCUGGAAAAAAAACGGGAGAAAACGGCAUCGAUUCGUCUGAAAGUUACUGUUUAUAAAUAAAAUAUUCCAAAAUUCGGGUUGAAUUUUAAACUUAAAAAAGAAGAAAUAAUAAAAUCAAACCUAGUGCAGUAAAACCAUUCAAAAUGUUUCCGUUUUUAUCGAAAGUGCGAUUUAAAUUGUCUAUCCUUUUUUGCUGCCUCUUCCUCCUCUACAUUCGAUACAGUUCCGGUCAAAGUUCACAAAAUAUUAACGUCUUGUUCAUUAACGAGGUAGACAAUGAUCCUGCCAGCCAGGCACUCGAGAUUGUGUUGAACUAUAUCAAAAAGAAUCCAUCACUCGGACUAUCGGUACAGCUUAUGCCUAUUGAAGGAAAUCGUACGGAUUCGAAGAAAUUUUUGGAAAAUAUUUGUUCAAUAUAUACGGAGGCCGUGAAGAAUAAUCAGCCUCCGCACAUUGUGUUUGAUACGACGAUAACGAAUGUUGCCUCAGAAACCGUAAAAUCAUUAACUUCCGCUCUGGGACUACCAACGGUGUCGGCGUCAUUUGGCCAGGAGGGUGAUAUUCGACAAUGGCGUGACCUUACGGAUCAAAAACGUCAAUAUUUGCUGCAAGUGAUGCCACCAUCCGAUAUCAUACCCGAAGUCAUUCGAUCGAUAAUUGUAUACAUGAACAUUACCAAUGCAGCCAUACUAUAUGACGAAUCAUUUGUUAUGGAUCACAAGUAUAAGGCUUUGCUCCAAAACAUACCGACACGUCACGUUAUAACUGCCAUCGCAAAACCAGCCGACCGACCCCAGCAAAUCGCCAAACUGAGGAACUUGGACAUUAAUAACUUUUUCAUUCUUGGCAGCCUGCAAUCGAUCAGAGAUGUGUUGGAUUCGGCGAGGGACGAAUAUUUCCAACGCAAUUUUGCAUGGCAUGCAAUCACACAGUACAGCGGUGAAGUUUCGUGCAACUGCAAAAAUGCUACCAUCAUCUUCUUGAAACCAGUACCCGAUCAAUCUUCAAAGGAUCGACUCGGAUUAAUGAAAACCACAUACAACUUGAAAAAAGAACCAGAAAUUCUGUCAGCGUUUUACUUUGAUUUGGCUCUAAGAACAUUCUUGGCAGUUAAAGAAAUGUUGUUAACUGGAACCUGGCCCACUAAUUUGCAAUACUUGACGUGUGAUGAUUACGAUGGAACAAAUACUCCUGAUCGGGCCAUUGAUUUGAGAACAUUUUUCGUGAAUGUGAAAGAGCCAGCAACCUAUGGCAAUUUCUCGUUUCCCUCUAGCAGUAUUCCGUUCAAUGGUCACUCGAUGAUGAAGUUUGAUAUGGACAUCUCAGUUGUAUCAGUUCAAGGCGGAGCUUCAGUAGACACAAAAAAUCUGGGAAAUUGGACAGCAGGCCUAAACUCACCGAUCAUAGUUAAAUCAGCCGAUGAUAUGAAAAAUUUCACUGCCGCAGUUGUUUAUCGUGUUUAUACAGUCGUGCAACCCCCCUUCAUAAUUCGUGACGAGAACUCGGUGAAUGGAUUCAAAGGCUACUGCAUCGAUUUACUCGACGAAAUAGCAAAACUGGUCAAAUUUGAAUACACCAUUCAAGAGGUGGAGGACAAGAAAUUCGGAAACAUGGAUGAAAAUGGUGAAUGGAACGGGAUCGUACGAAAAUUGAUCGAUAAGCAAGCUGAUAUUGGACUUGGAUCGAUGUCGGUGAUGGCCGAACGUGAAACUGUUAUCGACUUCACGGUGCCCUAUUACGAUCUGGUUGGAAUUACAAUUAUGAUGCAACUACCAAGCACGCCAAGCUCUCUAUUCAAAUUCUUGACCGUGCUUGAAACCGACGUCUGGCUUUGCAUUUUGGGAGCAUAUUUCUUUACAAGCUUUUUGAUGUAUGUAUUUGAUCGAUGGAGCCCAUAUAGCUAUCAAAACAACCGUGAGAAAUACGCAGAUGACGACGAAAAGCGAGAAUUCAACAUGAAGGAAUGUCUGUGGUUUUGUAUGACUUCUCUCACUCCACAGGGCGGCGGUGAGGCACCGAAAAAUUUAUCCGGUCGAUUGGUGGCUGCAACUUGGUGGCUUUUUGGAUUUAUCAUCAUUGCUUCAUACACGGCUAAUUUGGCUGCCUUUUUGACUGUAUCUCGACUGGAUACUCCCGUCGAAAGCUUGGACGAUUUGGCAAAACAAUACAAAAUCUUGUAUGCUCCACUCAAUGGUUCAUCGGCUAUGACAUACUUCCAGCGAAUGUCACAAAUUGAAGGACGAUUCUAUGAAAUCUGGAAGGAUAUGUCACUGAACGAUUCACUCACUCCGGUGGAACGAUCUAAAUUAGCCGUUUGGGACUAUCCAGUCAGCGAUAAGUAUACGAAAAUGUGGCAAGCAAUGCAGGAAGCUGGGCUCCCGAAUACUUUGGAACUGGCUGUCGAAAGAGUCCGAAAUUCAACGUCGGCCACAGGAUUUGCAUUCAUAGGCGAUGCAACCGAUAUUCGGUAUUUGGAGAUGACAAACUGUGAUUUGCAGGUCGUUGGAGAGGAAUUCUCUCGAAAACCAUAUGCGAUCGCUGUACAACAAGGCUCGCCACUGAAGGAUCAAUUUAACAAUGCUAUUCUGCAAUUGCUGAACAAACGAUUCUUGGAGAAGCUGAAGGAGGAUUGGUGGAAAGACAAGAAGAAGUGCGAAAAGGUUGAGGAUCAAUCAGAUGGUAUUUCGAUUCAGAACAUCGGUGGUGUAUUCAUUGUCAUUUUCGUGGGGAUUGGAAUGGCCUGCGUUACCCUCUUGUUUGAAUAUUGGUGGUAUAAAUAUCGCAAGGCAACGCCAAAAAUUACAAAUGUGACAUCAAAUGAAUCUACACCGAACAAUGUCGACAAGUUCGAAAGAAAAGAGGCGGGCUUCAUCCGUACCAAGGACUCAACGGAUGUAAAGAAUUCAUUGCUUCGCACAAGAAUUACCAGUCAAUCAAAGAACGCCGAACCAAAAUUCCAACUUCCGACGAUCAAUAUGUUGUUCAUUAAUGAAGACGGCAAUGAUGAAGCGAAUAAAGCAGUUCAAAUGAUUUUGAAACACGUAGCUAAAACCCCUUCAUUUGAAUUCUUGAUUGAUCUGAAACAAGUCGAUGGCAAUCGUACGGAACCAAAAGAAUUUCUGAAAAAUUUAUGUGCCGUUUAUACAGAAAGUGUGGAGAUGGGUAAGUCGCCGCAUAUUGUGCUUGAUUUGACAAUGUCUCCCGUUCUAUCUGAGAUCGCAAAAUCCUUUACCUCCGUAUUGGCUUUGCCCACGAUAAGCGGUUCAUUCGGCCAAGAGGGUGACAUUCAUCAAUGGCGUGAUCUAAGCGAGGAAAAGCGUCGCUUUUUACUGCAAGUGAUGCCCCCGUCCGACGUAAUUCCAUUCGCAAUUCGAUCGAUAAUCAUGUACAUGAACAUAACCAACGCGGGCAUUUUGUUUGAUAAAACAUUUGUCAUGGAUCAUAAAUACAAGACAUUGUUAGACAAUGUACCGGCGAGGCACAUAAUCACUGAAAUCUCCAGCCCAGAGCAAUUCAUAAGGCUUCGUAAAUUGGACAUCACCAAUUUCUUUGUUUUAGGCCGUUUAGAAUCGAUUAGAAAUGUUUUGGAAUCUGUUCGUCCUCAUUAUUUUGAACGGAACUUUGCCUGGCAUGUGAUUACGCAGGACUUUGGAAAUAUUUCCGUUUGUUGUGGAAACUUUUCUAUGAUGCUGGUGCGACCAAAGAUUCACCCACUUUCGAAAAAUGGCCAAAUCCCAAUUAUGAAAUCAGACAUGAACUACACCGAUAUUGGGUCUCUGUUUUACUUUGAUCUCGCUUUGCGAGCGGUUUUGACAAUAAGGAACAUGUUAUCAUCCAACAACUGGCCACAAAAUAUGGAGUAUAUCACGUGCAAAACCUACACGGGCUCAAAUACACCCAAACGAUCACUCGAUUUAAAAUCAUUUUUCGUCAAUAUUUCCGAACCCACUUCGUAUGGGAAGUUCGAAUUUGCGAAUGACGAUAUGCCGUUCAAUGGAUACAGUUUGAUGAAGUUUGAUAUGGAUGUGUUGGCAGUGUCGGUUCGCGCCGGAAUAGAUUAUAACGAAAAAGUGGUUGGGAACUGGACAGCUGGCCUUGCAUCACCAUUGAUGAUAAAGUCAAACAAAAGCAUCGCUGAACUCAAAGCUAACCCAAUUUAUCGUGUUUAUACUGUUAUCCAAGCUCCGUUCGUGAUGCGUGAUGGAUCAGCAAAACGAGGAUACAUCGGCUAUUGUAUUGACCUAAUGGACGAAAUUGCGGAAACGGCACAUUUUGACUACACAAUUACAGAGGUGGCAGAGCAUGGGCACAUGGAUGACAAUGGUGUAUGGAACGGUGUAGUGCGAAAACUGAUCGACAAAGAGGCUGACAUUGGACUGGGAACGAUGCAGGUGAUGGCUGAAAGAGAAACGGUUAUCGAUUUCACGGUUCCCUACUAUGAUUUAGUUGGCUCAACAGUUCUGAUGAUAUUGCCAAAAGCGAAGAACUCAUUGUUCAAAUUUUUAACCGUUCUCGAAACUGAUGUCUGGUUCUGCAUUUUAGGCGCUUACUUUUUUACAAGCUUUCUCAUGUACAUUUUUGACCGAUGGAGCCCAUACAGCUAUCAAAAUAAUGAAGAAAAAUAUGCCGAUGAUGAUGAGAAGAGAGUGUUUACAAUGAGAGAAUGCUUAUGGUUCUGCAUGACUUCACUUACACCACAGGGUGGUGGAGAAGCGCCAAAAAAUCUUUCGGGUCGUUUGGUUGCUGCAACCUGGUGGCUAUUUGGAUUCAUUGUAAUUGCUUCAUAUACCGCGAAUUUAGCUGCAUUUUUGACCGUAUCUCGCCUCGACAUACCGAUCGAAAGCUUAGAGGAUUUGGCAAAACAGUAUAAAGUCUUGUACGCGCCAAUCAAUGGAUCAUCAACGAUGACCUUCUUUGAACGAAUGUCAGAGAUUGAAGGUCGAUUCUAUGAAAUCUGGAAGGAUAUGUCACUGAACGAUUCACUCACUCCGGUGGAACGAUCUAAAUUAGCCGUUUGGGACUAUCCAGUCAGCGAUAAGUAUACGAAAAUGUGGCAGGCAAUGCAGGAAGCUGGGCUCCCGAAUACUCUGGAUGAAGCUGUCCAAAGGGUUCGAAGUUCAAACAGUUCCAGUGGGUUUGCGCUUGUUGGCGAUGCCACGGAUAUUCGCUAUGUGGAAAUGAUGAGCUGUGACCUGCAAGUGGUUGGCAACGAAUUUUCUCGUAAACCAUAUGCGAUUGCUGUGCAAAAGGGUUCACCACUCAAAGAUCAAAUGGAUGCUGUUCUACUUGAAAUUUUGAACAAAAGAUACAUGGAAAAAUUGAAAGAGAAAUGGUGGACAAAGAAAUUGCAUUGUUCCAAAAUCGAAGAUCAACAAGAUGGAAUCUCAAUCGCAAAUAUUGGUGGUGUGUUCAUCGUCAUCGCCAUUGGUAUCAUAAUGGCAAUAUUUACAUUGAUUUUUGAAUAUUGGUACUUCAAAUUCCAACGUCGCUCACCGAUAAUUACUGGCGUUAGAGAAUACGGAAGACCUGAUUCAACAAUUGUAGAAUCAGCGUAUCAAGGGUCAUCAACAAUUACUCAGCAUAAACUGGACGAAAUAAACCUUCCUAACGAAACAAGACAUCGUUCCAGGGCAACAACGCACAUUGAAAUUGGCGAUUGAAAAUUCGGUCUACCUUCACGGUUCCGAAAGUCUAGCAUAAAAGUCAUGCAACAUGAAUAUUUGCACCAAAACUUUUUUGAGUGAAAAAAAAAACAAAAAACAAAAUAUUUUACACAUUUGAUUGGUAACAAAUUUUGGUGAUUUUUCAAAAAUUUUCCGUAAUUUUUGUGUGAUGCUUUUUGUAACCCGAUGAACAGAUGUGUGA